AUGGCUUCCGAGGAGGAUCAGGCGAAACUGGCGUCGAAUAAACGCCCCCAUUCGGAGGUCGACGCCAACGAGAAUGGAGAUGAGUCCUCAUCCGAUGAUGAUUUUGGUCCCGCGUUGCCCUCCGCAGAUGCGCCUAAGAAGAAGCGCCGCAAGCUUCCCUUUGAGAAGGUCUACGUGAAUGCGCUGCCCGCCUCCCCUCGCUACUCCAAGUCGCUCAUGCACAAGGAACAAUUGUCCUAUGUGACAGUGACUCCACACACGGAUUUCCUCAUUACUUCUUCUAUAGACGGCGUUGUGAAGUUCUGGAAGAAGAUGGCGGACGGGGUCGAGUUUGUGAAGGAAUUCCGUGCCCAUCCUACGGAGAUCAAGAGCGUGAGCGUGAGCGCGGAUGGAAGGAGUUUUGCGACAACGGGAACAGACAAGACCGUGAAGAUCUUCGAUGUGAUCACUUUUGAUUUACUGGCCAUGCUCACCGUCGAAUUCUCUCCCCGAUGCGUGUGCUGGGUACAUCCCAGAGGUGCAUCGCUACCACUCUUGGCUGUAACCGAUGAGGGCAGCCAGAUGAUUCAGAUCUUUGAUGGACGAGGCGAGAACCAAAACCCCCUACACACCCUCAAAUCCAUUCAUCGCAGCCCUGUCGCCGCUAUCGCAUUCAACGACGCCUACAAUUGCGUAAUUUCUGCCGAUGAGUCGGGGAUGAUCGAGUAUUGGAGGGCAUCUGACGGUUCAUUCGAAAAGCCGGACAACGUGUUCGAGCUCAAAUCAUCGACCAACCUUUUCGAGUUCAAAAAGUCAAAAUCCACACCCGCGUCUCUGACAAUAUCACCGUCAGGCAAACAAUUCGCAACAGUUUCCUUCCCAGACCGUCAGAUCCGAGUGUUCGACUUUGCGACGGGAAAGCUCUACCGUAAAUACGACGAAUCCCUUUCCACCAUCAACGACAUGCAGCAGGCCGGAACCGCCAUCUACCAACUCGACGGACUAGAAUUCGGACGGCGCAUGGCCACCGAGCGCGAACUCGAGAACCCCGUCACCCAACCCAAGAUCAAUGUCAUCUUCGACGAGUCCGGCCAUUUCGUCCUCUACGGCUCCCUCUACGGGAUCAAAUGUAUCAACACCUACACAAACCGCGUGGUCCGCGUCUUUGCCAAAGAUGAGCCCUUCCGUGCUCUCAACCUCGCUAUGUACCAGGGCCAACCGCAGAAGAAGGGCGUCGUCACGGUCUCCAUGGCAGCAAGCUCCAACCCUCUCCUCCAGGAAGCCGAAGAACGCGACCCCAUCCUGGUCAGCACGGGAUUUGCCAAAAUCCGCUUCUACAUGUUCACCAACGCAACGGAAAUCUCCAAAUCCACGCGGGACGUGCAAAAUGAACGACCCGAGGAGUCCGCUGCCGGCCGCGAGACCGUCGCCCAGAAGUCCGCCGAGCUAGGCACCUCGGCAAUCCUGCACACGACCAUGGGCGACAUCCACCUCCGCUUAUACCCCUCCGCGGCCCCGAAAGCCGUCGAGAACUUCGUCACCCACGCCCGCAGCGGCUACUACAACAACACGAUCUUCCACCGUGUGAUUCGCAAAUUUAUGAUCCAGGGCGGAGACCCCAUGGGCGAUGGCACAGGCGGCGAGUCGAUCUGGGGCGGGGAAUUCGAGGAUGAGUUCUCCAGUCUCAAGCACGAUAAGGCUUAUACCCUGUCGAUGGCGAAUGCGGGACCCAACACCAACGGGAGUCAGUUCUUCAUUACGACCGAGAAGACCCCGUGGCUCGAUGGGAAACAUACGGUGUUUGGCCGGGCAAUACAGGGGUUAGAUGUGGUACAUAAGAUUGAGAAUGCAAAGACGUACAAAGAGAAGCCGGAGCAGGAUAUCAAGAUCGUGAGCAUUACCGUUUCAUGA